AUGUGUUGUUCAGUGGGCUUUGCCAGGUCUUUGGGCCUGGCUCUGUUACCUUUGGCUCUCUGUUGUAUUGUUGCCAAUCUGCUCCUCUUGUUUCCUAUGGGAGAAAUGACAUACAUACAGCUGGGGCGUCUGGCCAGCUACAUCUUGUACUUUGGUGGCCUGGGUGGUGGAGGACUGCUGAUACUUGUUCCUGCUAUAACCUUCAUCACUUUGGGGAAAUGCAGUUGCUGCUGGAAUGAGAGCUUUAUGAUGUGUGGGUCAGUGUUGGCUGCAGUGGUGGGGCUGAUAGGGGCAAGCUACUGUUUCGUCAUCUCAGGCCUAGCCUUGAUACAGGGUCCACAGUGCUUCACGUCUCUUGGGUGGGCUUAUCCAUUUGCAGAUCAAGGAGGACGGUAUUUGCUCCAAUCAGAGACGUGGUCUGUGUGCCUCCAGCCGCUGCAUAUUGUCGAGUGGAACGUGACCCUGUUGUGUGUCCUGUUGGGUCUGGCAGUGCUAGAGUUCAUCCUGUGCCUCUUACAGCUCGGCAGCGGUUUAGUCAACGCUGUCUGUCGACCUUGUUGCUAUAAGCAAGAGUACAGUUUGAAUGCUUAG